UAUGUUUCUGUGGCCAGAAGGAUAUAAUCGACAACCAUAAAAUCCACUUAAAUAACUGAUUGAGAAGACUGAAGGAGAUAUUCUGCUUUUGCUUGAAGCAGAGUUAUUUGUAAAACAAGCAAGAUUGGGAGACACAUUAGCUGUAGAAACUCUGGUCUAAGGCACUGUUGGUUUGCUAGAAGUUAUGUUUAUGGACUAUAAACAUGUUUUAAGUGUACAUUUUGAACAAUUAACCAACUAAUAUACUAUCAUGUGGGAAUUAAUAGAUCUCAAACUUGAGAAGGUAUAUGCUCAAAUUCUGGUACUAUUUCUAUAUUUUAAAUUAGACUCAUUGGGAAUUAGUGUUCUAAUUGCUAAAUAAUGAAUAAACAGUAGAAAUAUAAUGGUAUUUUGCUUUGCGCAUAAUAUAAUUAGUAAGUUAAGAAAAGUCUACUCUCCUUGAUAAUCAUUAGGAUAAGUUAAUUAAAUUGUAUCAUCAUCUUGAAUACACUUAUGUUGCUUAACUCAUUAUCGAAAUGAUGAGUACUAAUAUGAAUUAAUACUAACAGCAAUUCAUAAGUAAGGGUAUUUAAGAAUUCGAUUAAUUAACGGAAUUGCAAGCUAUAAAUUUUACUUAAGUUAUACAUGAACUCUUUACAAAAGUCAAGAAUAAAGACUUGAUAGAUUACAUAAUAACCAGUCAAAUUUUAACUAAAAUGUUUGAAGUUAUAUAAUAAACGAAUAAAAUGUAAGUUUCGUUUAUUUAUACAUUAGAGUUACCAAAAAUGCUGCUCACAUCAUUUCUAUAAUUUCUAAUUAUUACUCUAGUGAAUUAUAAAAUUUAGAUUUAGAGGAAGAAGAGUCAGAACAGAUUACUUCUUAGUUUCAUUCAACAAUGUUUUACCAAAUUAUCAAAACAAAUUUACAUUUAGUAAAUAAUAUAAUAAAAGAUCAUUGUGAUAACAAUAAAAAAAUUAGUCAAUUAAUUAUAAAAUUAAUAGAAGUAAAUAUUAAAAAAAUAUUCAAUAGAUUGUUGAUAACUUAGUUAGAAUUACAGAUGUCUCUCUUUGGGAAUGUAUGCAUUAAGCUGAAAUAAUGAUUUCAAUUAUUAGAUUAUGCAAUACAUAUCCAAAAUCAGACAUUCUAUCGUCAUAAAUUGAAAGAAUAAUAUUUUAUAUUUUUGAAAGAGCCUUAAAUGAUUAUCAUCCCUUUUGGGCAUUUUAAUUUAUUAAGGUCUAUCAAAUAUAAAAUAAUACUAAUUCUAUGUUUAAUAGAUAAGUUUUCUCUUUUGAAUAAGAAUUGAAUACAAAAAUCACUAAAGAGUUGGAUUAUAUUACAUAUGAUACUUAGAUUUUAGAAAUUAACUAAGAGUUAUAAUAAUCUAAAAUCUGGGGAAGAACCAAAUGGGAAUUGAAAUAAUAAUAAUUUGAAUAUUAAAAGAAAUUGGGAUCUUAAAUGUAAAUCAAUGAGGAAGAAGCAAAAUUGAUAGAAAAUUAUGAAAUAAAAAAUAAUGUUUAGGAUAUUAAAGAAGAAGUAGAAAAUAAAUUAUAAUAAAAUCAAGAAGAAUAAAAUUAGAAUCUUAAUGGAAUGAAUGAAGACUUUAAUAAAUAAGAUUUAAUUAAAGAUAAUGAAUCAGAUUCAUCAGAUUCAUCAUCUUCUUCAAAUGAAGAGAAUCAAAUUAAGAAUGAUAAACAAUAUAUGACUGUUUCAGCCAAUUUAGAAUAGAUAGCAUUCCAAGAUAGAAAAAAUAAAUUAAAUUUGGAAUAAAUAGAUAAAAUUAGAAAGAAAUCUAUUUAAUUUGAGAAAAUUUCAUUAUAAAUGAGUCAGGCUGGAAGAAGACUUUCUUUAUAGGCAGGUCUUAAUAUUAAAGAACUUAGUCCAACUUAUUUAGAAUUUAAACUUGAUUUAGAGAAAAAGGUUCUUCGUAAUAUAAAUGACAAUUCAAUUUUAAAAGUAGAUGAAAUGGAUUCUAUUAUCAAUCAAUGA